UAAUUCUCCAUUUUUCUUUUUUCUUUUUUUUUCCCAAACAGCCUUACAGAGGUUCGAGGAGGAACCCGAGGACAUGGAGGUGUUCGAGGGCGAGCGAGCGCGUUUCCCUUGCUCGGUGAGGGGCAUGGGAGGCGGAAUAGGGGGGGAGAGAAGAGGCGGAAUAGGGGGAACGGAAGAGAGAAGAGGAGAAGGAGGAGGAGAAGGAGGAGGAGGAGGAGGAGGAUGGGAUAUUACGUUCUCCUCGUCGCUUGCGCCUCCGAUGUCCUCGGCUUCUUCGUCGUCUUCGUCUUCGUCGUCUUCCUCGUCUCUCUCCGUCACCGUUUCGUGGUUCAAGGACAGUCAGCCGCUGGAGGUCGACUCGCGGAUGACUCUCCUGCCCUCGGGAGCGCUGGAGAUCGAGAACGUGGUGUCUUCCGACGAGGGUGAAUAUUACUGCCACGCGUCGAGCUUUGACAAGACGAAGGUGUCGCACACGGCCACGCUUAGGGUGAAGGCGGCCUUCGCGCUGCGUGACCCCACGGCCCCUGCCUUCGUGGCCACGCCGCCCCCGUCGCUGGUGGCCCGGGUGGGGGGCGUGGCGACCCUGGACUGCGCGGCCAACGGCUACCCCGAGCCGGCGGUCGUCUGGCUCAAGGACGGAGCCACCAUCGACAUGGCGCACCUCGACACGCGUUUCCACUUCCUGGGAACGACGCGGAGCCUGCAGAUCGCGCCCCUAAAGGAGGAGGACUCGGGGGCGUACAUGUGCCGCGCCGAAAACAGGGAAGAUUCGGUCGAUGCCGUCGCCCAUUUGGAGGUUUUGGUACCCCCGCGCUUCGUCCGCGAGCCCACCAACGCCGUCGGCUACGAGAAGGAGGACCUCGAGCUAGAGUGCCAGGCGUACGGGAGGCCCACGCCGCACGUGCAGUGGCUCAAGAACGCGGAGCUCAUCCACGAGAGUAAUUAUUUCCAGAUGGUGAACGGCCAGAACCUGAAGAUCUUGGGGCUGGUCGAAGGCGACGCAGGGAUGUACCAGUGCGUGGCGUCCAAUGCGGCGGGAUCGGCACAGGCCAGCGCCCAGCUUAGGGUCCUCAAGUCGAAUAUACCCGAGAGCAGAACGCACAAGACGACCCCAGAGGCGGAAACGAGCGAACGAGAAGAAGAAGAAGGAGAAGGAGGAGGAACAGGAGGAGGAGGAGAGAGGAGGAGAGAGACGAUUCGAGGAAACGCCGCGCGUCGGACCCGAGGAAGACGACGAGGAAGACGAAGACGAGACGUCGUUGCUUCCCGACCAGCCCUCUCGCCGCGCCGGUUGCAAGCGAUCAUUGCAAGCAACAGGUUCAUCACCUUGGCCUGGCACGAACCCAGGUUCAAUAACGAACACAUCGUUGGCUAUUCGGUCUUCUACCGGCAGGAAGGCUCUCUGAGGGAACGCGUCCAGAACGUGAGCGCCAGUUCGUCGAGCGAGGGCCUGGACGAGUACAAGACGCAGAUCGGGCAGCUGAGCCCCGGGACGCAAUACCUGGUCCGCGUCGUGGCCCACAGCGCGAAGGGUGGCCCAGGGUUGUCCAGCGCCGAGGUCCGCGUGAGCACCAAACCUGACCUGGACCUCCCGCCCGCGCCCCAGGGCCUACGCGUCACGCCCCUAUCCCCCCGGUCCUUGGUGGUCGUGUGGGAGGGACACCCCCAGGGGACGCCCUCGCCUCCUCCUCCCCCCCCAUCCUCCCCCUCCUCCUCCUCCUCGGGUCUCUUAGGGGGGGGAGACGAGGCGAAGAAGAGGAGGAAGAAAGUGGAAGAGGAAGAGGAGGAGAAGAGGAGGAGGAGGAAGGAGAAAACGCCGGUAACGGGCUACGUGAUGUAUUAUAUGCAGGUCGGCUCGGCAGAGGAACACGAGGUGGAGGUCAGCCCGACGGCGACCCAACAUGACCUGGAGGGCCUGGACGAGUUCACAGAGUACAGUGUAUGGCUCGUGGCGGUCAAUGCCAACGGGGCGGGCGACGCGACGCGGGAGGUCACGGCGCGGACCUUCUCAGACGUCCCAACGAGGGAGCCUCAGAAUGUGACGGUGGAGGCGGCGAGCUCUAGGAGUCUCAUCCUACGCUGGGAGCCCCCCCCACCCCAGGACCAGAACGGCGUCAUCACGGGCUACAAAAUCCGCUACAAGGAACGGGGUAAGGCGGGCUCGACCAAGACCAAGACGACUGACGGAAACCGCAGACUCUUCGCCCUCACCGACCUGAAGAGGAGCACGCAGUAUUCGAUUAAGCUCGCCGCCCUCACGGUGAACGGGUCCGGCCCCUCGACCCACUGGAUCCCAGCCGAGACCUUUGCCAACGACCUCGAUGAGAACCGCGUCCCCGAUAAGCCCACCAGCCUUAGAGCAUUGGCCAUGAAGGAUCAUAUCAGCGUGAAGUGGCAACCUCCGCAGCUUCAGAACGUGAUGGUGCGAGGCUACACCAUUGGCUGGGGCAAGGGGAUACCCGACGUGUACUCCAAGAUCGUUGACAGCAAGCAGAGGAGUUACGUCAUUGAAGGAUUAGAGCCCAACGCAGAGUACGUCAUCAGCUUACGAGCGUUCAACAGCGUGGGUGACGGACAGCCAGUCUACGAGCAGGUCCGCACGCGGCCCCCAGAACCCCCCUCUGCCCCUACCCUCACCCCCCCAGUUGGGCUUAAAGCGGAGGUCCUCACGCCCUUCACCGUCGCUCUGCAGUGGACGGAUACGACGCUUAAUCGAAAUCAGUACAUCAGCGACACCCGGUUCUACACGGUGCGCUACACGACCUUCGCCUCCGCCACGUCCUCCAGCCCCCGGUUCCGCUACCGCAACGCCUCCGACGUGACGUGCCUCAUCGACAACCUCAAACCCAACACGGUGUACGAGUUCGCCGUCAAGACGAUUAAGGGUCGCCGCGAGUCGCCCUGGAGUCUGGUCACCUCCAACACGACCCUGCAGGCUCGCCCCUCGUCGCCCCCAAGGGACAUCACCGUCGUCCCCAUCCCUGGCGAGCCCCACACCAUCGUCUUCAACUGGCAGCCCCCGAAGCAGGCCAACGGCAAGAUUACAGGCUACCUCAUCUUCUACACGACGGACGCCAACGGAGACUGGGUCAUGGAGGAGGUGAAAGGGGACCGCAUGACCUUUCGCGUGCAUGGCUUGACCCCCGCCACGCUCUACUACUACAAGAUGCAGGCGCGGAACGUCAAGGGGUUCGGACCCCUGUCUGGGGUCGGCAAUUUCACGACGGUGGUGGCGGGCCUGGACCGCGCGACGGCCGUGCCCCCGACCCCAGGCUGGUUUCUGGACCAGAGCAGCCUGGUGGUGCUGGCCGUGGCGGGGGUGGGGGGGGCGCUGACCGUGCUCGGGGCUCUGGUGGGCCUCGCCCUCUACUGCCGCAGGAGCAAGCCUAGGCACGCCAAUCUGUCGCACCGCGGGGGGGGCAAGUCCGGCGCGGGUCUCGGGGGCAGCGGCCUAGGGGGACCUGGGGGGGGAGGGCAGCCUGAGCUCAAACCCCCCGACCUGUGGAUCCAUCACGACCACCACUUGGAAAUGAAGAGCCUCGACAAGGGGGACGAGCGAGGAGGCAGAGACGGCAGGGGGGGUAUGUCCUCGCCCGACCGAGAGACGGCGGUUGAUCUUGCAGGUAAGGGUACAUGUGUACAUGUUCGUGUACGUGUGUGUGUGUGUGUGUGUGUGUGUACAUGUUCGUGUGUCUGUCUGGGUAUGUGUGUGUGUGUCUGGAUGAAGAGCCUCGACAAGGGGGACGAGCGAGGAGGCAGAGACGCCCGAGGGGGUAUGUCCUCGCCCGACCGAGAGACGGCCGUCGAUCUCGCAGGUCCCGACUUUGACCGUGAUGAUAAAAACAACACAUAUACUUCCACUUCGACCCUCGACAGACGCACGCCAUACCAGUCCACCUAUCUGCUGGUGGGCGGCAGCACGUCGAGCAGCGUGUACAGCGAGGGACCCCACUCCCUCCACCGCCCAGGGGGGGGAGGGGGAGGAGGAGGAGGGGGCUACUCCCUCACGCCGUUCCCUCCCCCCUCCUCCUCCUCCGUUGGGGGUCUGGGCAGCCUGGGAGGAGGGGUCGGGGGGGGUGGGGUCCCGCCCUCCACCUCGUCGCCUGCGGAGAACCCCUACAGCCCCAAUCCUACGAGUCUGGCUGCCAUGCUUGGGGGUCCCUCCAUAGGGGGUCCUGCCCUCCCUCCCCCUCCCCCACUCCUUGGUUCUUCCCUGGGGAGUAACGGCAGUCAGUACAGCUCGACCUUACCCGACGGAGGAGGCAGCUCGACCCUCGGGAAGCGCUCGGGGAAUCCCCUGAGGUCCUUCAGCGUCCCCGCCCCCCCGCAGUCGGCACCCACCACCCCCCAGCCCAAGCACAUGGUGGGCAUGCGGGCGCCGGGCGUGACGUCGCCCUUCAAGAAGCCCCCCCUCGCCCCCCCUCCCUCGGGCGGCGGGGGGGCGGCGGGCGCCAGGUGGGGCCCCGGGGGUGGGGGGGGGGGAGCCAUCCGCGUCGACGCUCUGCCCGAGCAUGAGGAAGCCAGCGAGGCCCUCCUCCACGGCUACUCGACGGAAGAACUAUCGCAGGAGAUGGCCAACCUCGAGGGCCUCAUGAAGGACCUCUCGGCCAUCACGGCCAACCAGUUUAAUUGCUAAGGACGAGGAAGUGGAGGAAGAGACGAUGAUGAAGAAGGAAUGGAAGAUGAUGAAGAAGGAAUGGAGGAAGAGAUGAUGAUAAAGAAGGAAUAUGAAGAGAGAGAAG